GCAUACUGCAUGGGGAGGCGGCGGCGGCAGCGGCAGCAUCGUGCGCCCCUUCCCGCGCCGCUGCCUUCCGCCCGCGGGGCUCUGCCUGCGGCGCCGGGAGCGGCGGAAAGGAGCCGGAGCCGCAGCCGCCCCUGCCCGCGCUACCUGCCCCGUCCAGGUUGGCGGCUGUAGCGGCGCGGGGACUUCGGUGGGCGGGAGCCCGGCCGGCGCCCGUGUGAGCCGCGGCGGCGGAGCGGGGAUGGUGGGCGCCGCGCUGUCCUGAGCGCGGGCGGGACGUCCCCCGCUCGCCGGAGCCGCUGUCCCGCCGGAGACCAUGGUGCCCGGGGCCUUUCUGUGCGUGGGGCUGGCGCUGAGUGUGUGGGGCCGCGCGGCCGGCUGCCCGCACAAGUGUACCUGCAGCGCCGCCGCCGUGGACUGCCACGGCCUGGGGCUGCGAGCGGUGCCGAGGGACGUGCCCCGGAGCGCCGAGAGACUUGAUUUAGAAAAAAAUAAUAUCACAAGAAUUGCUAAGACAGACUUUUCUGGGCUGAAGAACCUCCGUGUUUUGCAUUUGGAAGAAAAUCAAAUCAGUGUGAUAGAACGUGGAGCUUUUCAGGAUCUAAAGCAACUUGAACGGCUGCGUCUGAACAAGAAUAAAUUACAGGUACUUCCUGAGCUGCUUUUCCAGAAUACACAGAAGUUAACCAGAUUAGAUCUAAGUGAAAACCAGAUAAAAGGAAUCCCCAGAAAGGCCUUUCGAGGAAUCAUCGAUGUGAAGAACUUGCAACUGGACAACAACCAGAUCAGCUGCAUUGAAGAUGGAGCCUUCAGAGCCCUGCGUGACUUGGAGAUUCUUACUCUCAACAAUAACAACAUCACCCGCAUCCCUGUUACCAGCUUCAACCAUAUGCCAAAGAUCAGGACACUGCGGCUUCACACAAAUUUCCUGCAUUGUGAUUGCCACCUGGCAUGGCUGUCUGACUGGCUGCGUCAGAGGCGCACUAUUGGGCAGUUCACGUUCUGUGUAACACCUGGGAACAUGCGAGGUCAGCUUGUGGUGAACGUUCAGAAGAAGGACUUUGUCUGCUCUGGUUCCCAGUCUGAGCCUCCAUCCUGCAGUGCCAGUUCCAUCACUUGCCCGUCUGCUUGCACCUGUAGCAACAAUGUUGUGGACUGUCGAGGAAGGGGCUUAACAGAAAUUCCUGCUAACCUACCAGAGGAUAUUUGGGAAAUACGCUUGGAACAGAACUUCAUCAAAGCCAUUCCCCCAGGAGCUUUUUCGCAGUACAAGAGACUAAAGAGAAUAGACAUCAGCAAGAAUCAAAUAUCUGACAUUGCUCCUGAUGCAUUCAAAGGCUUGAAAUCUCUCAACUCAUUAGUGCUCUAUGGAAACAAGAUCACAGAGAUUCCCCUGGGCCUUUUUGAUGAUCUUGUCUCUUUGCAGUUGCUGCUUCUCAAUGCCAAUAAGAUCAACUGCCUGAGGGUAAACACGUUCCAAGGUCUGCAUAAUCUCAACCUGUUAUCUCUUUAUGACAACAAACUACAGACCAUCAGUAAAGGGCUCUUUGCACCUCUCCGAUCGAUCGAGACUCUACAUUUAGCUCAGAAUCCAUUUGUGUGCGACUGCCAUUUGAAGUGGCUGGCUGAUUACCUGAAGAAUAAUCCGAUAGAAACCAGCGGCGCUCGAUGCAGCAAUCCGCGUCGCCUUGCCAACAAACGAAUCGGUCAGAUCAAGAGCCACAAGUUCCGCUGCUCAGGUUCAGAGGAUUUCAGAAGUAAAUUCAGUGGAAAGUGCUUCAUGGACCUUGUCUGUCCUGAAAAGUGUCGCUGCGAGGGAACAAUUGUGGACUGUUCCAAUCAAAAACUUAGCCGAUUACCCAGUUACCUUCCCGAAUAUACAACAGACCUGCGUCUCAAUGACAAUGAUAUCUCAGUUUUGGAAGCAACUGGACUCUUUAAGAAAUUGUCCAAACUAAGGAAAAUAAACCUGACAAACAAUAAGAUCAAGGAGAUCCGUGAAGGCACAUUUGAUGGGGCAUCAGGGGUGCAGGAACUGAUUUUGACACAGAAUCAGCUGGAAUCUGUGCAUGGACGAAUGUUUAGAGGCCUCACGGGACUCAAGACAUUGAUGCUGAGGAACAACUUAAUCAGCUGUAUAAGCAAUGACACCUUUGCAGGGCUAAGCUCAGUGAGGUUACUCUCACUAUACGACAAUCACAUCAGCACUCUCACACCAGGAGCCUUCAAUACACUUGUCUCCUUGUCCACAAUUAAUUUGCUGUCUAACCCUUUUAACUGUAACUGCCACCUGGCAUGGCUAGGAAAAUGGCUGAUGAGGAAGAGAGUUGUCAGUGGAAAUCCCCGUUGCCAGAAGCCUUUUUUCUUAAAAGAUAUUCCAAUUCAAGAUGUGGAUGCCAAGGACUUCACCUGUGACAAUAAUGAUGAAAGCAGCUGUCUCCUUUCUCCUCCUUGUCCUGCCCAGUGUACCUGCAUGGAUUCAGUAGUACGCUGCAGCAAUAAAGGUCUGAGGAUCCUGCCCAAAGGCAUCCCCAAGGAUGUGACUGAACUAUACCUGGAAGGAAAUCAUUUAACAGCUGUACCAAAGGGACUGUCCAGCUUCAGGCACCUCACACUGAUUGACUUGAGCAACAACAGCAUCAGCAUGUUGGCCAAUUACACCUUCAGCAACAUGACUCAGCUAUCAACACUGAUCUUGAGCUAUAACAGACUCCGGUGCAUUCCAGUCCAUGCAUUUAAUGGGCUCAAGUCUCUUCGAGUGCUAACUCUUCAUGGCAAUGACAUUUCCAGUGUUCCAGAAGGUUCCUUCAAUGACCUUGUGUCCCUUUCACACCUGGCUCUAGGUACCAACCCCUUGCACUGUGACUGCAGCCUACGCUGGCUUUCUGAAUGGGUGAAAGCGGGGUACAAAGAGCCUGGGAUUGCACGCUGCAGUGGGCCAGACAACAUGGUAGACAGGCUGCUGCUUACCACACCAACCCACCACUUCCAGUGCAAAGGGCCAAUAGAUAUCAAUAUUGUUUCCAAGUGUAACCCUUGUCUCUCUGGUCCAUGUAAGAACAAUGGGACAUGCAAUAAUGAUCCAGUGGAGUUUUACCGGUGCACUUGUCCAUCCAGCUUCAAGGGUCGAGACUGCAGUAUGCCCAUUAAUGCCUGCAUUCAGAAUCCAUGCCAGAAUGGAGGGACCUGCCAUCUCACUGAGACAAAUAAAGAUGGAUUCAGCUGUUCUUGUCCUCUGGGAUAUGAGGGGGAGAGAUGUGAAGUAAACCCAGAUGACUGUGAAGAUAAUGAUUGUGAAAAUAACUCUACAUGUGUGGAUGGGAUCAACAACUAUGUCUGUCUCUGCCCGCCGAACUACACAGGUGAGCUUUGUGAUGAGGUGAUUAACCAUUGUGUUCCUGAGCUAAACCCUUGUCAGCAUGAGUCCAAAUGUCUCUCCCUUGCCAGAGGAUUCAGAUGUGAAUGCCUACCGGGCUAUAGUGGCAAACACUGUGAAACUGAUGAUGAUGAUUGUGUGGGUCAUAAAUGUCGCCAUGGUGCUGUGUGUGUAGAUGCAGUCAAUGGCUACACCUGUGUCUGUCCCCAGGGAUUCAGUGGACUCUUCUGUGAAAAUCCUCCACCGAUGGUUCUGCUGCAGACCAGCCCUUGUGAUAACUAUGAAUGCCAGAAUGGGGCUCAGUGCAUUGUUGUGCACAAUGAGCCAGUCUGCCGCUGCCUGGCUGGUUUUGCUGGCCAGAAGUGUGAAAAACUCAUCACCGUCAAUUUUGUUGGGAAAGAUUCCUACGUUGAGCUACCAUCAGCCAAAAUCCGUCCUCAGGCAAACAUCUCCCUCCAGGUGGCAACAGAUAAAGACAAUGGCAUCUUAUUAUACAAGGGUGACAAUGAUCCUUUGGCUUUGGAGUUAUACCAAGGACAUGUGAGGCUUAUCUAUGACACAGUGAACUCUCCACCUACCACAGUAUACAGUGUGGAAACAGUAAAUGAUGGACAGUUUCACAGCGUGGAGCUGGUAAUGCUGAACCAGACUCUGAACUUGGUUGUGGAUAAAGGAACCCCUAGAAGUCUUGGCAAACUGCUGAAACAACCCUCAGUCAACCUCAACACCCCUCUCUACAUUGGAGGGAUCCCAACAUCUACAGGGCUAUCUUCAUUGCACCAUGGAACUGAUAGGAUGCCAAAUGGCUUUCAUGGAUGCAUCCACGAUGUCCGAAUUAAUAAUGAGCUGCAGGAUUUUAAGGAUCUACCACAGCAGUCAUUAGGAGUCCUUCCUGGCUGCAAAUCCUGUAACAUCUGCAAGCAUGGCAUCUGCCGAUCCCUAGAGAAGACAAGUGUUAUCUGUGAAUGCCACCCAGGCUGGACGGGUCCACUAUGUGACCAAGAAAUUGGAGACCCCUGCCUUAACAACAAGUGUCUCCAUGGCAAAUGCAUAGCCACCAACUUUGCUUACACAUGUAAGUGUACAGAGGGUUACUCUGGCAUGUACUGCGACAAGAAGAACAACUCCUCAAACCCCUGCAGAAUUCUGAAAUGCAACCACGGGCAGUGUAAAUUUUCAGAACGUGGGGAACCUUAUUGCGAAUGUGAUCCUAACUAUAGUGGAGACCACUGUGACAGAGAGAAUCUAUGCCAAGGGGAGAUCAUUAGAGAGGUAAUCCAUAAGGAGCAAGGCUACACAUCAUGUGUUACUACUUCUAAAGUGCCCCGCAUGGAAUGUCAUGGCACCUGUAGUAAUGGCCAGUGUUGCAUUCCCCUCCGGAGCAAAAGGCGGAAAUACAUCUUUCAGUGUGCAGACGGAUCCUCCUUCAUGGAAGAACUGGAGAGACAUGUGGAAUGUGGCUGUUCAAAAUGCUUAUAAGCCAUUCUUUGGUCUCUUGCCACUUUAAUCGACUCAGAAGUGAUAUCAAAAUGGGACUUAUUUACUUGCAGAGUGAAGAAGAAGAAAAGAAUAUUAAGUAUAUUGUAAAAUAAGCAAAAAAUAGAACUUAUUUUUAUUAUGGAAAGUGACUAUUUUCAUCUUUUAUUAUAUAAAGUAUCACACCGUUUUGGGUAUAUGUAUCAUAUAGUGAGUUAUUUUUACCAUGAAUCUUUUUUAACAGUUGUAAAAAAAAAAAAAAUUAAAAUAUAUAAAGAAAACAUAGCCUAACAGGAUAAGUGGGAUGAGGUUUAAGUAUGCACAAUGGCUAAAUGUGAAAGUAUUUCAAGGACUGGCCACAGAAGUACUGAUACAGAGUGAAAAAUCUUCUCCAAGGUUCUGGGUGGGUACAACAGGAAAGAUGAUUCCUACAGCUGAUAGCUCUCUCUCCUAUCCAGACAUCCUGAAUAUGUCUCCUUCUCAAUUGCUAACCCUGCCUAGCAAUGCUGGUUGUGUUUUGCUCCUGUACAGUAACUCAGCUUGAUAUUCUUAAACCAGUUCUCAGAUAGUGCCUAGGCCUUGCAAUAGCCUAAGUCUAACUCCGUUACUUAAAUAUUGUAACAUUAUAAUGCAUUUCUGUUUUGUAUGUUGUAUUUAGCUGUGUUCACAAUAUAUUCUAUUCUUGAGCAACUGUAUCUCUAUAGCAGAGGCAGCUUUAUCCAAAAGAAACAGAUGGGGGAAAGAAUGUAGGAAAUAUAUUGCUUUGGAGCAUUUGGGGGACAAAGGAGAAGUUAUUGUUAAGUUACAUCUAAUAAAUAAUACACUCAUUUCUUGUUAACUACUCUAUUUUUCCCAGGUUUGUGCCUUAUUAAUCCCAGCUUUGAGCCCUUUUUAUAUGAAAUAAAGGGGAAUACACUGCUGUACUGUUUGCCAUACCCCAGGCUGUUUCACUCUCAAAGGCAAUAUGUAGAUCCAUUCUUCAAGAGCAAAAAUAUAUUGACAGUACAUUGCUUUUAUUCUCACUUUCACUUUUUUCAGCCAUGAUCAUUGACUGCCACAAAAGUAUUUCUAACUGCUGCUUAUCAAAUCAGUGUGAAUUGCACUAUAGCUAUUUGGAAUUCCUGAGCUCCUGCUUGGUCCAUUUUAACCAAGCUUUCUUCUUUUCUUACAAAACUUUUUAUACCUGUAUACGCUUGUUUUCACUUUCCAACAUACUGAUCUACACGGAAAGAUUUUUCACUUGCACUGUUUAUUCUUUACCUGUUCCUUCCCUAGGACUCCCAUUGACUUCAACAGUGUAUACAGCAUGAAUGCCGAGUAGGAAGUAAAAAUGAUUGCAGAAGAUAAAUUCUCAGUAUGAAUGAGGCAAAUUUUAGUUUAAAGGAGUUGGAGGUUUUGGCAGGGUUGCCUUUUAGAGACGGGGAUUAUAGGCAAAGAAAAGUACUAGGAACUCCUUGAAAUUUUUGAUUUUCAUGAAUUUCAAAUGUUCCUCUCAAUUGUUGCUCCCUUCCCCCUGCUAGUAUAUCAGAUAAAGGGGCCCUUUCUUCAAAUAGUCCUUUUCUGAGAAAAUGCUAAGACAGAGCCUGCUCCCAGCAGCUUGGGCAUAAAUCAAAGACAGAGAGAGAAAGUAAAUCUAUCAUUAAAAAUGAAUUAGAUAUAUCAUUCCUAUUUUUGUUUGCUUUGAAUGAGACUUUGAAAAAGAGCAUGGGAUUAAAUCAUGCUGUGGCUCAUACAAACUUGCAUUUUCUUCUCCAUAAAAGAAAACAUACUGGCCAAUGCUGUCAGAAAAAUCCUUGUCCCUUUGGAACCAAAGCCAUAAGAUGCUUUUAGUUCUAAUUAAAAUAUGUUUCACCCCACAGUAGAAUAUUCCAAUUUCUUUGUGACUCCAGGGAUAGUUCAGUCAGAAAGCAAGUAAGCAAUACAAUAAUAAAGACUAGUACAUGAAGUCAGCACUCAGUUACAUGAAACACUCCCUAGAUAUUGUGCCAAAAACUCACUAAAAUAAUAUAGCUUACAAGCCAAAAAAAAGCAGUUAAAAAUAGCAUGGGUUUCUUUUUAAUGUUGAGUAUAAUAUAUAAAGAUAGAAGCAUCUGGAGUUUAUAACAUGUGAAGAAAGGGGGGAAAAAACAGUCUAUAAAUUCUAAGUAUUUACAAAAGCAACUGCACAAUUGCGUAAACACAGGCCUGGCACAAUAAUACUACUUGUCAAUGCUACAUGCCUUGUGAAUCCCUUUUUAUUUCUAAUGCAAAGUCACCUUUAUCCCAGGAAAGUGGACUCCAGGCUUUAUCAGUGGAUCACUGAGUUUCAGUGCUCUUAAUGUUUUAAAAUUUCCUUUGUAUGAUUGACAGCCAGUAAACUGCUAAAUCAUGGAGGGACAUUGUGCCUCAAAAUAUGUUCAAUCAGUUCAUUCAAAGAACAGUUAAAGCUUCCUCCUGGACAAACACCUGAGGGGAUGGGGGGUGACCCUCAUGGCCAGCAUGAAAGUAAUCCACUUCCUGUUUAAAAUAUUAAUCGAAAUCUCACAGCAAAAUGACAGUAGCUAUAACACAAUAAGGGGUGGGAGAUGUGUUGUCGUCAUGUUCAAAUGCUAAGCACCCUGUUGAAAAAAAUCAGAAUUUCUACUUUUUAUCAAAAAGAGCAUUUUAUAUGAUUUUAGGCAGCAUUUGCCACUUAAUGGUGAUUAUCACUGCCAUUGUUCAUGUCAGUGAUUUUACUGGCUUGAAAUGGAACCAAUUUUCUUGUUCAAGGAAGAAAGAUUCAGAGGUGCCAAAAAUGCAAGUGGUUAACUCAAGUGUUAGCUAACUAGAAGUUUCCUCUUACCUGCCUAAUGUUACAGUAGAUUUCAGCUACUGUUGAUACAGUACAGUAGUUCUUUUAUAACUCUAUAAAGUUUUUAAUAUAAAGUAAAGAGAGAUGCUAACUCUAAAAAAUACAAUGGCAAUGCAAACUGGUGUGAAAUAAUGUAUUUUAUUAACAGACUCUCAUUGUGAUUCAAUUUUAAAUAAAUUGUUGGGUUAUGGAAGACUGUAA